UGUAGGAUGUGGCUAACCCAGUGCUUAGAGAGACAUUUAUAGCUUUAAGUGUCAAAAGAAAAGGGAUAAAAUCAAUAAGCUUUAACCCUAAGAACCUUGAAAAGCAAGAGUAAAUUGAAGCCAAAGCAAAUAAAAGGAAACAGAUUAUUAAAAGAAGUUGAUGGAAGAGAAAAGGGAUAAACAAUAGAGAAAUACAACAGUAAAUUUCUCUGUAAUCCACACGGAAAAUUUAAUUUCACAUGGGUUCUAUAUGUAAAUAUAUCUGGAACCAUAAAGGCUUUAGGAGAAAAAAAUAGAAGAGCAUCUAUUGGGACUAAAAAUCAGAAAGUCAUCGCUUCUGGGGUAGAUUGAUGGGCGGAGGUGGGAGCUGACUGGAAAGGGGCAGGAAAGAACUUUUUGAGGUGAAGGAAAUGUUCCAUAUGUUGUCUUGGGUGGUGGUUACAGUGGGGUAUGUAAUUGUAAAGGUUCAUUGAACUAACACUUAAGAUCUGGACGUUUUAAUGCGUGUAAAUCACAGCUCAAUUUUUUAAAGCAGAAAAAAGGAGCUUAUGGUGGUGGUAUUUGGACAGCUUUGGGCCACAGGCUCCAAAAGCAUUCACAGCAUCCUCUGAGACUCUGCGGAGAGUGGUUUUGCAACCAAAAUGUGAGAUGUGUGCAAACGUCCGUAAGAUCCACUGUGGCCACAACUGCAGACACCUAUUCUCAUUAUCCAAUUUACAGAACUAAACAGUUAUCACUAGAGGGCUUCCCUUCAACGGAGAUCUUCCUCCCCACCCCAGAGCUCUCCAAAGGUUGCCAGGAUUGAGGUUCUGGAUACAUGGGGUUGGAAAAGAGUCCCUUCCCAUAGAACUUCAAGGGUGACUGGAGCUGCCACCGUUGCAAAGGUCUACACUUUGCGAGAGAGUAACAUUUCAAAUGGUACUCUGAGAGAGGAGCUAAUGGACUGCACAGUGGAUUUUCUCGCCAGAUGCAUUUACUUCACAAGGCAAAAAUGCCCAUUGUGCUGGCAGAUUUCGUCUUUUCAUUUAAAUCCACAGACUGUGGAGCCCAGACACCUGGCACCGACUGCCGGAUGUCUUGCUGCGGGGAGAACCAAGCCUUUAUCACACUGUGGCCCUGAAACAUGCUUCCUGUGCCUGGGAGGAAUGAGAGAUACGUUAAAGGUCACUACUUUUGGGGGAGGAGGGAACCUGGAGAAGGCAUGAGCAAUAAGUAUGUGGUAAGAGUUCAAGGUGAAAAGGCUGAGCCAAGAACAAGAGUGCAUAAAACUCCAGUCCUGCCUUUGGGAGAUAAUGAGACCAGAACCCAGGCUCUUUCAACUGGCUUCCAACAGUCUAACAGGUUAGAGCUUUCUCAUUUUCUUUCAACUAUUCCUGGGCAUGGGAGUUUUGCAAAAACAGAAUGGAGGGAACAAAAUGGUUUUUGUAAGCCUAUAAUGACUUGACCUCUCUUUCUGACCAUCCCAGGGUCACCCUGUAAUCUAAUCUGCCCCCCAUUUUUCUGUUCCUGGAGAGUGCUUCUUGGCAACCAGAUUUGACCAUGGCUGGGUGGAGCUGCCUUGUGACAGGUGCAGGAGGGUUUCUGGGUCAAAGGAUCGUUCGCUUGUUGGUGGAGGAGAAGGAGCUGCAGGAGAUCCGGGCACUGGACAAAGUCUUCAGACCGGAACAGCGGGAGGAAUUUUCUAAGCUCCAGAGCAAGACCAAGGUGAUCAUGGUGGAAGGAGACAUUCUGGAUGAGCAGUGCCUGAAGAGAGCCUGCCAGGGCACUUCAGUUGUCAUUCACACCGCUUCUGUCAUUGACGUCAUGAAUGUCAUUCACCGAGAGACCAUCAUGAAUGUCAAUCUGAAGGGUACCCAGCUGCUGUUGGAAGCCUGUGCCCAGGCUAAUGUGCCGACCUUCAUCUAUACCAGCACCAUAGAGGUGGCUGGGCCCAACUCCUACAGGGAGAUCAUCCAGAAUGGCCACGAAGAAGAGCAUCUCGAAUCAAGAUGGUCUGCUCCAUACCCCUACAGCAAAAAGCUCGCAGAGAAGGCAGUGCUGGCUGCUAACGGGUGGGCUCUUAAAAACGGCGGCACCCUGCACACCUGUGCCUUAAGGCCCAUGUAUAUCUAUGGGGAAGGAAGCAUAUUCCUUUAUGACUAUAUAUACAAGGCCCUGAGGAACAAUGGCAUCCUGACACAUCAUAGCAAGUUCUCUGUAGUCAACCCUGUCUAUGUUGGCAAUGUGGCCUGGGCUCACAUUCUGGCCUUGAGGGCCCUACGGGACCCCAAGAAGGCCCCAAGUGUCCGAGGACAGUUCUAUUACAUCUCAGAUGACACACCUCACCAAAGCUAUGAUGACCUCAAUUACACUUUGAGCAAGGAAUGGGGCUUCUCCCUGGAUUCCAGAAUGAGCCUUCCUAUAUUUCUGGAGUACUGGCUUGCCUUCCUACUGGAAAUAGUGAGCUUCCUGCUCAGUCCAAUUUACAAAUAUCAACCCCCCUUCAACCGCCACACAGUGACAUUGUUAAAUAGUGUAUUUACCUUCUCCUAUAAGAAAGCUCAGAGGGAUCUGGGGUAUAAGCCACUCUUCAGCUGGGAGGAAGCCAAGCAGAAAACCAUGGAGUGGAUUGGCUCCCUGGUGAAACAGCACAGAGAGACCCUAAAAACGAAGACUCACUGA